AUGUUACUAGGUCUACGAGUUGAUGGCAAAGCUAUCAACGGUACCACCGAGGUAACAAAUUCUGUUUACAUGGAUUACUUGGGGAAGGAACCAACAGAAACAGAUAAAAUGAAAGGUUUUGUUAAGAUAACUUGGAUUGAGAGUGAAUAUGAAAAUUUAAAAAACAUAGAUAGACCCACACAAGAAGAUGUUUUAUUAGAAGCUAAACUUUUUAUUUUGCUCGUGAUCGCAACGGUUUUGUUUCCUGACAAAACUCAAAACCUUUUGCAUUCUUCUUGGGUCCCUUUCGUGGGGGAUCUCAUUAAAUGUGGAACAUAUAGUUGGGGUUCUGCAUGCCUUGCGAAAUUGUACAGAGAAAUGUGCAAGGCAGCAGAAAAAGAUGUUAGGAGCAUGAGUGGUUGUGCUCUCCUACUAACUUCUUGGGCAUUCACACGCAUCCCAUUGUUCGCUCCUAUCAAUACUGUGGAACCAUCGUUUCCAUAUGCACAAAGGUGGACACAAAGGGGAAUGAAUUACCGUGCAACUCCUCGCUUCCAUCUCCAAGGAUAUCGAAACGCGUUGGACCAUAUGCAAGAAAAAGAUUUUAUAUGGAGACCGUACAUUCAGUACCCGGUGCCGCGUCUAGAAGAUAGCCAAAUCUGGAGUACAACAACUUACCUUGUCUGUUUCUACAUCAUUGAGAUGCAUCAAUCAGAUAGGGUAACACUCCAGUUUGGAUUUGACCAACAGAUCCCUCCACUUCCUAGGUGCUUGAAGGAACACCACGCAAUUACCAUGCGAAAAGCGCAAAAAGUUCAUUGGCAACAGUUAAACAAGGACGAGGUGCGAGAAUGGAGACACAGAAGAGAUGUGAUUUUGCAAGGGGGCGCUAUAUUUGGUGAACGCAAACCAAGUCAAGAGUAUUUAACUUGGUUCCGCGCAAUUCCUUAUGUUCAUGUUGCUCCGGAUCAAUUUCUAACCGACCCACGGACGCAAGCAUCAUCAUCGACACAACAAACUCCCGCAUCAAUGCAUCAGCAUGUCCCACCAACCCAAACCUCUCAAUUUGGGGGGUACCCAUCCUCUUCAGCUCAACAUAACUAUAACUUCCCCCAGUUCGCCCAACAAUAUCAGCCCCAACCCUACCUCCGACCACCCAGACAGUUUACCCCAUGCACAGCCCCCAACUUUGAGCAGAGCAACCCUUAUUUCCAAUAUCCUACAAAUCCUACCUUCAACACUACCUUCUCUCAACCCGCCUUCACGCCCGAUGACGUAUACAUCCCAACCAUUCAACAACCCCAAGCCGAUACCUACCCACAACCACCACAACCAUCACAUUCAUUCCAACAUUUUUUACUGACAGAGGAGCAACUGACGCAAAUGCCAGAUUUUAACAUCGAAGAUAUUCUAAAUGAUGAUGAACCAGGACCCUCUUCAAGGCAGACAAUCCCCCCGAGAACACAUCAUAAUGAAGAUUUGUCUUCAGACUCAUCUCAAUCAGCUGCAAACGAGCGUUUGGGCAGAGGAUACCGACAGCGAAGGCCCCCUAGGUGUGGAACUGGAGGUCAUCUCCGAUGA